UUUGAAUUUACACUUUUCGAUAUAAAGUUAAUUUAUCAAAUUGUUAUCAUAAUUAGUUAAAUGGCAAAGUUUUACAAGCUUUAUUGUUUAAUAAUGUUUUCUUUAUCUGUUCAAAUUUAGCAAUACAAGGAUUUAAUUUUGGAAACAUUGAAUCAGAGUUAUUAUGGUUUAGUAGCAACCUUGAUAUGAUCUUGCUAGUUUGACAUCUAAAGAAUAUUCAUCUAAAGGAUUAUUCGAUGUUAAUUUCGAGUUGAUUUAUUUAUUUUUCAUUUAUUCUGUUGUAUAAAUCUUACCAUGCAAUUAAUUAAGGAACUUUUGCUAUCCAAACACUUGGCCUCUUGUUACUCUUCCCAAAAAAGAGCGUUAUGUUUGUUGGUUGAUAAUGUUAAAAAAACUGAUGAUAGCUUUCUCAGUGUCUAUGAAAGGAAGGUAAAAAACAAAGAAAUCGAAUCUGAUGAAUAUCAACUCAGAGUUGCUAAAACUUUCCAAGAAAUAGAUGAACAGCUGAAAGGUUACAAACUAAUCAAAUCUAAUUUUUUAUCAAAGAUCUUCAAACAACAAAAUAAACCCAAUCGGAUAGUAAAAGGCCUUUAUUUAUAUGGAUCUGUCGGAUGUGGAAAGACUAUGUUAAUGGACUUAUUUUAUCAAAACUGCCAUGUAGACGACUACAAUAAGAAACGUAUUCAUUUUCAUUCUUUCAUGUUGGAUGUUCAUUCAAGAAUACAUGAACAGAAAAAGAAAACAAGUGCAACGUCAUCUCGAAAAUCUUUAAGUUAUAAUCCAAUUCCUCCGGUUGCUGAAUCUUUAGUUGAAGAAUCUUGGUUACUUUGUUUAGAUGAAUUUCAAGUAACGGAUAUCGGUGAUGCUAUGAUUUUGAAACAUCUCUUUACUGAGCUUUUCUCAAGAGGAGUGGUUUUAAUCGCAACAUCUAAUCGACCUCCCGAUGAUUUGUAUAAAAAUGGUUUACAAAGAAGUGCUUUUUUACCAUUCAUACCUCUACUUAAAGAACACUGUCAAUCAAUGGCCUUAGAUUCUGGUAUAGAUUAUCGUCAGAAAUCUCUUCCUUCAAAGCAAAACAUUUAUUUAUUAAAAGACGAAGAAAAAGCUGACAAAGAAUUGGAUCGCCUCUUCAAGAUAUUUGCCAGCCGAGAAACUGAUAAUGUUAGGCCCAAAACAAUUGUCAUCAAAGGAAGAAACGUUACAUUUGCAAAAACUUGCGGCAGAGUCCUUGAUUCAUCGUUCUCUGAACUCUGCGAUCGGCCUCUUGGUGCUGUUGAUUAUCUGACUCUUAGUCAACUUUUCCAUACUGUGAUCAUCAGAGAUAUACCUCAAUUGAAUCUAAAACUUAAAACACAAGCUAGACGAUUCAUCACUUUGAUAGAUACUUUUUAUGAUAACAAGGUAAGAGUCCUUUUCUCCGCAAAUGUUCCAAUUAAAGAAUUGUUUAUGGUUGGUAAUUCGGACGAUGAUAUAACUGAUGAACAAAGAGCCUUGAUGGAUGAUUUAGGAAUCAAAUUUUCUCAAGUUAAAGAUUCAACAGACCUUUUCAGUGGACAAGAAGAAAUGUUUGCAUUUGAUCGAACACUUUCCAGGAUAAUGGAGAUGCAAACUCUCGAUUACUGGAAUCUGAGAGAAAUAUUUUAAAUUAUUUCCAAGCUCACUCACUUCGCUGGUUGCUUACAAUUCUAGAUUGUAUAAAAGCUAACAAGGCUAGACUUAAUGAAUCUUAAUGAAAAUUUUUGUAGAUCUGUAUAAACCUAAGAAAUUCAUUCUUCAUCAUUAAUCAAGUAUUUUCAGAAAUAACAAAUCGAUUACUGAUCUAUAAACUGGUUAUUUAUUGAUAGCCCAAUUAAUAAAAGACGUUAAAAUUCAAGAAAUGCAAGCUUAAUUUAGGUCCAGUAAAGUCUUAUCUAUAAAUCUGUAAAGAAUGAAGUGGUCAUCACUUAACCAAUUCAUUUUUAAAGCAAUUUCAGACUAAAAAAUGAUGCAGCUGAAAUAAAUAAUUCAAUAACUGAAAUUUUAUUCAGGCGAAAGAAUCAGUACGCAUUAGGUUUUUAAUGAAUUGAUAACCAAAACAUCAAAUUGCUCUAAAUGCAUCAAAAUUGUGUGAAUAAUUUAGUUCGCUUUUCUAAAAAAUUGACAUCAAAAUAUGAUCAGUAAUCAUGUUAUUUUAUUUAAAUUUUAAAAUCAAUAAACUCGAUGAAUAAAGAA